CACACCAUCAAAAUGUCCAGCAGCAAGAUACUCGCUAGUCGGUCAAAUUAAGAAUUUAACACAAACAAAUACAGAGCUAUUGAAAUAGUUUUUUCAUACGUAGAUGAGCAGCAGCCAUGAAACUGUACCACGCGCUCCGAAAUGUCGGCCAGUUCAGGACUGUGUUUGACUUUGGGGAACGGGAAGUGGCUCAUUGGUUCCCCGGACACAUGGCUAAAGGACUCAAGCAGAUGAGAGCCAGCCUCAAGAGUGUCGACUGCAUCGUAGAAAUCCAUGAUGCCAGAAUCCCCUUCUCUGGAAGAAACCCUAUGUUUCAGGAGACUCUAGAUGUCAGACCCCACCUGCUCAUUCUAAACAAGAUGGACCUUGCCGAUCUGUCCAACCAGCAGACAAUCACGAAGAAGCUAAAAAGAAAAGGGGUGAGGAAUGUUCUAUUCACAAACUGUUUAAAACAGAGCGACGACAACAUCAAACAGUUGGUGCCAAUGGUGGUGGAAAUUAUUGAGAGCAAACCACGUUUUAACAGAGAUGAGAAUACAAAUUUUUGCUUGAUGGUGAUCGGAGUGCCCAACGUGGGGAAGUCCUCUCUUAUUAACUCCCUGAGACGAACAAACCUGAAAAAAGGUCGUGCAUCUCGAGUAGGUGGGGAGCCAGGUAUAACUAAAGCGAUCCUGACUAGAAUUCAGGUGUGUGAACGACCCAUAAUGCACCUGUUGGACACACCAGGAGUCUUGCCUCCUAAGAUUGAGAGUGUUGAAACGGGCAUGAAGUUGGCUUUAUGUGGGACAAUUCUAGACCAUUUAGUGGGUGAAGACAUUAUCGCUGACUACUUACUCUAUUCUUUGAACAGGCUAGGGAAGUUCAGUUAUGUGGAAAAAUAUGACCUCCAAGAGCCCAGCGAUGACAUCCAACAUGUCCUCAAACGCAUUGCUGUAAGGCUUGGAAAGACGCAACGAGUCAAAGCCAUUACUGGAGUGGGAAAUAUCACCAUCACUGUCCCAAACUACACAGCAGCAGCUUACGAUUUCAUAAGAACCUUCAGGAAAGGAGAGCUCGGACAAGUAAUGCUGGACUGACCUCAGACAUUUUGAUGAAGAACACCAGAGACAGUUUCUGGGUUUUACCUGUUUGCCCUCAACCUGGAAGGAUUCAUAUUUAACCACACAAGUGUUGUCAAGGGAAGUCCGUUGGUUUUUGGGGGCAUGAUGCAAUCUUCACUUGAUCCUUCGCAAAUAAAAAGAUUGAACUUGA